AUGUCCAAUAAACAGAUUUCUCCGGCAGGUCCUGGAGAUCCCGAGAAGCCGAGUGUCGUUAAAGACGACCUGGACAUUGACACAGACACCAAGACACGUGAGGGUGCACAAGCGGAUGCUCUGGGUCGCACUCUACCCGAAGACAAUGGCUCACCCCUAGAGCCACCACCACAAAUUGCAAACGAGAUGCUUGACGAACGGAAAACGCAGAGCGCUCCCGUCGGACUCGAUGCCAUCCCUAAAGAGGGUGCCACUGGCGCCGCCGCCGAUAAUGACGACGAUCCCGCCAUGGCUUCGCCGCCGAUGCCGCGGCAUCCUAGGACAAGUUUGCAAUUAUCCCGGCCGCAGCCACAGCCGCGAACGUCGACGCAAAAGGCUCGUGCCAGUGAGGAGUUUGACCGCCGAUUUGACGGACCUUUUGGUCGGCCGAGUCUGGCCAUGACAAGGAGGAGGAGCUCCCAACAGCCACAAAUUCUGGAAGACACGGAGAUGGACGCGGUCGAGCCGACCGUGACCACCAGCGCAGGUGAACAAGUGACCGUGCCGGCGUUCCAGCCCGAGCCGCCGAGGCUAGGAUACACGUUGCGGACGCGGAAAAUGGCCAUCUUUCUCUUCUGGUCCGUCAUCCUGUUUGACUCGGUCGUCAUGCCGAUUGCGUUGUACUUUGGUCUGUGGUACGGCGUCGGCCCCGGAAAUCCCGACGAUGAGCGACUCAGCGCGAAUACCGUCUUCAGUAUCGUGACAGCAGCGCUUGGUGGUGCGAGUAUCCUGGAAUACUUUGUGCGGUUUUGGCGGCUGUACAAGAAGAACAGUACCUGCAGGGUCAUUGGUGCCCAUAGAUGGUAUCUUGAUUGGUUCCAUUGGAUGUUUACACUCGCGUGGAUCAUUGUCAUGAUUGAGUUGAUUGUCGGAUCGGUCCAGGAAGAUCCUUAUAUCCGACUUCUUUCCAUGCCAUUAGCGACCAUGCUGUAUGUCUUUGGCACCCUACUUCUUACCAUUGACCUUUGCCGGUACUUCAAGGUACCCGCACCGGUUCGCAUCUCGUCCAUUCCGAAAGGCUCGCAGCUGCGUCCCGGUAUCUAUUCUCUGAUUGAGGAUAUUUGUGCUGUGGAUGGAUCCGGCGGCACCGACUAUCGUGUGGCUUUUGACAAGCGUUACGAAGCAAGCCAUAUAUUCCGUUCCAUGUUGAGAAGACUCGGCAUCUUUUGGGCGGUUGGCGCCGAGAGCUGCGCCGUGCUGUGUACGAUUUUGAUUUUCACAUUGAGCGCAGAUGCGGCCUACACCAUUGGCUGGAGCGUGCCGUUUAUUUGGGCUGGUAUCUGGACGGCUGCCACGUUUUGGUAUGCAAAGAGAGAGUUAAAGAAAGAGAAAGAGCUCUGGGCAGCCGAGGCUGCCAAGUGUCGCGCCUAG